AUGUUUGCGAUUCACCCGGAUAAGGCUCCCGGACCCGAUGGCUUCUCGGCCAGUUUCUUCCAAACGAACUGGAAUGUAGUGGGGCAAGAUAUAGUGAAGGAAGUCCAAGCCUUCUUCAGCUCUGGUACUUUGCCAAGAAGCACCAAUGAUACUCACAUAAGACUUAUCCCGAAGAUCACAGGACCUAAGAGAGUCGCGGACUACAGACCCAUUGCACUCUGCAAUGUCUGCUACAAAGUGGUCUCUAAAAUCCUGACCUGGAGACUCCAACCGGUUUUGAAUGGGAUUAUUUCUGAAAACCAGUCAGCUUUCGUUCCCAAACGAGCCAUAGCAGAUAACGUCCUAAUAACCCAUGAAGUCCUCCACUUUCUAAAAUCAUCAAAGGCCAAAAUCUCCUGCACAAUGGCGGUGAAGAUAGAUAUGAGUAAGGCUUAUGAUAGACUAGAAUGGGUUUUUAUUCGACAAGUGAUGCAAAGACUAGGGUUUCAUGAAAGAUGGAUUGGGUGGGUAAUGCAUUGUAUUACAUCGGUCACUUACUCGUUUCUCAUCAAUGGAUCACCGAGGGGCUUUGUGAAACCUUCAAGAGGAAUCAGACAGGGAGAUCCCCUUUCCCCUUACAUCUUUAUCCUCUGCAGCGAGGUACUGUCAGGACUCUGCACGAAGGCGCAACGAUCAGGAAAGCUUCAAGGGAUCCGAGUGGCAAGAGCAAGCCCAAGGAUAAACCAUCUUUUGUUUGCCGAUGACACAAUGUUUUUCUGCAAAGCAAAUGGGAAGAGCUGUAAGGCGCUGAAACACAUCCUAGAUAAGUAUGAAAAAGUUUCUGGGCAACAGAUCAACUUUCAGAAGUCAGCCAUUACCUUCUCGCAGAAGACGCCGCCGGCAACUAAGUUAUUAGUCAAGAGCAGACUACAAAUCGAAAAGGAGGGAGGCACAGGCAAAUACUUGGGACUGCCAGAACACUUUGGCAGAAGAAAGAAGGAUCUGUUCACCGCCAUAGUAGACAGAAUCCGGCAAAAAGCUGCAAGCUGGUCCUCAAGGCGUCUCUCUAUUGCGGGAAAGUUAGUCAUGCUGAAAAGCGUGUUAUCAGCAAUGCCAACCUACACCAUGUCGUGCUUCAAACUUCCACAAUCGCUCUGUAAGCGUAUACAGUCGGCCCUCACACGCUUCUGGUGGGACUCCUCCCCUGAGAACAAACGUUUGGGUUGGGUAGCGUUGAAUAAAAUGGCAAAACCAAAGUUCCUUGGAGGGUUAGGAUUCAAAGAUAUUAACAUGUUCAACGAUGCACUACUAGCUAAACUCAGCUGGAGAAUCCUAAACAAACCUGAAUGUCUGCUGGCAAGGAUCCUAAAGGGGAAGUAUUUCAGACGAUCUUCCUUCCUGGAGAGUACCAUACCAACGACUGCUUCACAUGGAUGGCGUAGUAUCCAUAUUGGAAAGGAACUUCUCACCAGCAAUCUUGGAUGGGUUAUCGGAGACGGACAGAGCAUUAGAGUUUGGCAGGACCCUUGGCUAUCUCUUGAAGAACCUCUCCGACCUACAGGACCACCAACAUAA